AAAGUGGUUCAGCCCUGGAGGUUAGCGGAAGUUGUUUCAGCUGCCAUGUUUGCUUGCUUUGUUGUAGGCUUCUACUAGCUUUCCUACAGAAUCAGUAAGUGUGGAAAUGGAGCCGAGCUGGAGUACGUUUCUCUUCCAACAGGCCAAUGAAGCCCUCCACCACCAGCACCAGGUGGCCCAGAAUAGCCUGCUGCCACUUCUCAAUGCUGGCGCAGAGCAAGUUGACCAGAAGCCUGUCCUGCCUAUCCAGAUAGACCAGAAACCCCCCGUCAGUGCUGCUGAACUCCUGAAAGACAAUGUGGCCAGCGGAGGAGGUCAGCGGCCCCCGGUGCCCGUGAUAAAGAAGGAACACAAAGGCAAAACGCCUUUCGUCUGCGGUUACUGUAACAAGGCCUUCCGAGACAGCUACCACCUGAGACGCCACGAAUCCAGCCAUACCGGCAUCAAGAUGGUGUCGCGUCCGAAGAAGACGGCCCAAACCGCCCCCACCAUGGUACCCAUGAUCGCCUCCAUGCCACGGGAGAAUAACGGCAACUCCUCCUACAUCUCUACGGUAGCGGGGAUCCUCUCCACGGCGACCACCUCGGUGUCCUCGGGCACCAGCAUCAUGACCUCGUCCGCGAUGGGCAACGUGCAGCAGCAAAACGUCCCCAAGAAGCCCCCCAAGCCCGUCAAGAAAAACCACGGCUGCGAGAUGUGCGGCAAGGCCUUCCGCGACGUCUACCACCUGAACCGCCACAAGCUGUCCCAUUCGGACGAGAAGCCGUUCGAGUGUCCUAUCUGCCAGCAGCGCUUUAAGAGGAAGGAUCGAAUGACCUACCAUGUUCGCUCUCAUGACGGAGGCGUCCACAAGCCCUACGUGUGUUCUGUGUGUGGAAAAGGCUUUUCCAGGCCAGACCAUUUGAGCUGCCAUGUGAAGCAUGUGCACUCCUCAGAAAGACCAUUUAAAUGUCAAGUAACGGCCUGUACCUCCGCUUUCGCCACCAAAGACAGACUCCGCUCCCACAUGAUCCGACAUGAAGGCAAGGUCACCUGUAGCAUCUGUGGGAAGAUGCUGAGUGCAGCCUACAUCACCAGUCAUUUGAAGACCCACGGACAAACCAACUUUAACUCCUGUAACAAAGGUAAUGAAGUCUGCAACUCGGCCUCAGCGACACCCGUGACCGUCUCUGCCCCCAUCACCUCGACGAUGAACCGGGGCAACGCCAACAACAACAAUCCCGUCACCAUAGCCGCACAAAUGAACAUUAGCACCAACACGGUCAACAUCACGUCCCCAGUCAGCCUCCAGCACCCGGUCACCAUCACCGGGCCCGUCAACAUCGCCUCUGUGAACAUCCCCGCCACGGCGCCCAUGAAUAUCGCCCACCCGGUCGCAAUAACCACCCCCAUGCCCAUGAAUAUAGCCGGUCCGCUAAACAUCGCAAUGAGGCCAGUCGAUAGCAUGCCUUUUCUGUCCCAAGUCUUGCCUUCUUCCCCACCUUGGUAAAAAAAAAAAAAAAAGAUGAACGUCAACAUCUAACUGGCCAGAAAGAAAGGGAAAAUGAAGUGAAAAGCGACUCCUGUCCUCACUUUAACAGCUCCCCCAUCCCCCACCGCCCCUCACCCCAAACCGGUGUCCACUUCAUCCAGCUUUGAAGUGCAGCAGUUCCUUGAGCUGUGAGGCCAGUAGGAGAUCCCCCCCGCUUUCCCCUCCCCAAAGUCCUAACUGUGUCCCACCUAAUGUUUAGUGACUGGCUCGUGACGCAGAACAGUUAAGUAGAAUUCAAGUAGGAUUUGUCUUGAAAUCAAGACAGCCGGAAGGCUUAGCGUAGGCAGUUAGAAUGAUGAAACUGUGAUUUGUAUCAUGACAAACAGGAGGAGAGGACUCCUUGAGUUUGCUUGAGGACCCCCCCCCCCC